AUGACCGAGAGACUCUACGUUAAGGGAAAGCACGUUUCCUACCAACGCAGCAAGCAUGUCACACACCCUAACACCUCUUUGAUCAAGCUUGAGGGUGUUUCUUCUACCAAGGAUGCCCAGUUCUACCUUGGCAAGAGAGUCGCUUAUGUCUACCGUGCCAGCAAGGAGGUCAACGGUUCCAAGGUCAGAGUUAUGUGGGGCAAGAUUACCAGAUCUCACGGUAACAAUGGCGUCGUCAGAGCCAAGUUCAGCAAGAACCUCCCCCCUAACUCCUUGGGCUCCACCAUCCGUGUCUUCCUCUACCCCUCCAACAUUUAA